AUAAACCUUAGAUCUCUAAUCGGAAACGGUGGGUUUGGCUAGGAUAUAUGGGCUUCCGGUUGGACGAUAUUUUGCUAAACAAGCGGAAACUAGAAACGGCGGGUUUGGCUAGGAUAUAUGGGCUUCUGUUUGGACGAUAUUUUUUGGUAAACAAGCGAAAACUAGAACAGUAGGGUUGCUGACAUACUCAUUACAAUCCAAAAUUAAUGCAGACAUCGGGUGCGAGUGGAGCUGGGGGAAAAUGAACGUCUCAAGGGCAAUGACAGGAAUUGAGAGGAUGGUGUUUGGGGUUCCACAAACGGUUAUGAUAAACAACUUGCUUUGCCCACGAAAGAGCAGGACAAGUGUAGUUGGAGCUUUCCAGUCUCAAUCCAAUCAGCCCUUGAGCUCGCUCGGUUUUUAUACCUUAAAGAAGAAUAUGGAAGAGGUUGGAAGGCAUGCCGAAACAAUGACAUCUAUUUGGUUGGAACAAGAAAAAGCAAUUAUGACUGAUCUGAAGCAUCGGGCUGCUGAAAGUAAUAUCUGGGAGGAUCUCAAUAUGGCUCAUGAAACAUUUGUUGCCUUGACCGAUACUGCAGAAAAUGUGAAACUACUUAGUGACAUACAGUCUAAGGCUAAGGAUGCUAAACUGUUAAUACAACUAGCAGAGACAGAAACACUAAAUUCAUGGUUCCUUGAUGAGGCCUUUAAUAUUGUUGGAGACUUAAAUAUGUCUUUGGUUCGUUAUGAGCUAUCUAAGCACCUUUCAGGACCGUAUGAUAAGGAAGGUGCUUGUCUUACUAUUACUGCUGGAGAUGCAGGCAAUGAUGCUCAGAUCAUAAACUAUACUAUCUUGCUGUGUUCUGAACAUUUGUCAUUUCCAGCACAGGAGUGGGUUGACAUUCUUCUGAGAAUGUACUUGCAAUGGGCUAAAAAACAAGGUUAUAAAACAAGAGUUGUUGAAAAAUAUUCUGGGGCUGAGGUAGGCAUCAAGUCAACUAUAGAAUUUGAAUGGCGCUUUGCAUAUGGCUUAUUGUCUGGAGAGAAGGGGACUCAUCAGAUUGUCAGGAAAUCUUCUUCUAAUGAAGAGAUUCUUGAACAGACUUGCAUUGCAGGUGUAGAUGUAGUGCCUCUUUUUAUCGAAAAUUUUGUGUACUUUAAAUUGCCUGAUGAAGAUCUUGAGAUACAUUACACAAGUUUGAGUGGAAGCAGCAGCCGAAGUCUUAACAAAGCUGAAAUGGCAGUUCAUAUCAUUCAUAUUCCAACUGGUACCUCUGUUUACUGCACAGGAGAAAGAAGUCCAAUUGCAAACAAGAUUAAGGCUAUUUAUCGUUUGAAGGCCAAGCUUCUUGCUGUAGCUAUGGAGCAACAAACAUCUGAAAUCAAACAAAUAAGACAUGAAAACAUGAAAGCAAACUUGGGGCAACCAAUUCGCAAAUACGUGUUUUACCCAAAAACGUUUGUACAGGACCUAAGGACGGGAACAAAGAUGCAAGAUAUAAAAUCUAUUUUGAAUGGCAAAAUUGAACCCUUAAUUAAGGACUAUUUAAUUUUUAAGAAUAUGCAAAACAUAACAUCUUGAAUCGAACAAUGAAAGUAGUGUUAAUAUUUUUAUGCUCAAUCUGUAAAUAUUUACUUG